CCUGUGUUUGUCUGUGGACUGGGGACUGCCUAGGGCCAUUUUGUUUGGCUGGAGACGAAACAGAAACCUAUAACCAUUGGCAAGAGAGAAAUCGAGGAAGGUAGACUAUGGAAGUGCCUGGGUCGUCUAAGAAGAUGAUUGCGACGCAGGAGGAAAUGGUGGAAGCUAGGGUUCCGCUGCCCUAUAGAGAUCAAUGUGCCCACUUACUCAUCCCCCUCAACAAGUGCAGACAGGCGGAGUUCUACCUCCCAUGGAAGUGCGAGACCGAGCGACACGCAUACGAGAAGUGCGAGUAUGAGCUUGUCAUGGAAAGAAUGCUCCAGAUGCAGAAGAUCCGCGAGGAAGAGGCCAAGUUGAAACAAGCACAGAAGCAGGGCAUUACCCUAAUCCCCAAAACCGCUAAUGUCUGAUUCUACGCAGGAACCUUUGCAUGGAUCAGAUGUUGCUUUCAUGUUUUCCUCUCCGUUGGUGCAAGUUAUUGGAAAUAUUUGCGCAGAGACAUUUGCAGUCUGCUUACGAGUUAUGAUGUUUGUUGUCAUUUUCUGUGGUGGAACUUUAUUCCAAAAAUUUUCUUUUCUGCCUGAAAUAUGUUCCAACAUAAAUGCAUAUUGUUUAUGAUGUUGUGUCCUUUUCUCUUUUUGGAACCUUUCUACAGGGAGGGAUAAUAAUAAUUGUUGGUCAACACUUAACAAUGGCUGAGAAAUACUACUUGCAAGGGUUGCGGACUUUUGUUAACUUGCGUAUUUAUAGAUGUCAAAUGGAUGACCCAUUGACUCGGUGUCUAA